CAGCAACGAGGUAUUCAAGAGAUCGGACAGAGAGGCUGUGCUCGACAGAAUUACGGCGAAGAGCGGACUUCAAAGGACCCCUUUUCGACUAACGCAGCAGGCUCUACUUGUCACGACCACCGCCUACCACAAUCUUCAAUUUCAUGCAUCAUGUUCCCUUCAAGCUCAACAUCAACAGUUUUUACGCCUUACACCUUCAAACUUCAAGGGACCAUCGACAGUCAAGCGGAAUCGGCGCUUUCCGGGCUGGAAGACUUGUUACAAGUCAAGGGAUAUGACUGGUUGGAGGAUUACAUGAACAACGUCGAGAGGGUCGCCCUGGCCGGAAGGGCCGGUGCUAGCGGGAACUUAGCACAGAUCCUUAAGACCCCCUCACGAACCCCCCGGACGGUACCCAAGACACGGACGGGCAUCGCCAAAGAGAAGGAGAGGGGGGAGAAAAUCCGGUUGGCCAACGCGAAUCUUGGAUCGAGAGUGGAUGAAGAGGAUGAGGAUCUAGUACUAAGGAAGAGCUCGAAGCCCACGGUCAAGAAGCUCCUCUUUGCGCCGACCACUACCGUAUCCUCUUCAUCCAAGCCUCCCGUCUCUAUGAUGUCUCCUGGAUCUCCUAUAUCUGAAUCUGGAUCGACAACUCCCUUAUCUCCUGGAACCCCUACUAAAGUCCUCAAACCUAAACCUAGAGCUCAAGCUCGUCAGCCAGGGCUAGAGGAGUCGAACCCGUUCCUCGUGCAUGAUGAUCUCAAUCGACCGGCUUCGGGGUCUCGUGCGGGAAAGCGAGUAGGGGUAGAGGCGCAAGCAGAUGUCGCGGUGAACAUGGAUGUCGAGGAGGUCCUCGAGACGGAGGCAGCAGGCGACGAGGUUAUGGCAGAGGUGGAACACGAUGCGGAACGAGGCAAUGAGGUAGUAGAUGAACCUCAGGCCGCGGUAGACCGGAAGGAAGAGGAACAUGUGGCGGACAUCGAACAAAUCGAUGUAGAGGACGAGGUGGAGGAGGAGCAAGCUGCAAGUCCGGUUUCGCCCACGCCGGCUGGAAAGGUCUCGAUGGCCAGCGAAUCGGAGAAAAAGGAGGACGUGCCAGAGGAACAUGGACAAGAGGAAAGACAACAGGUGGAUAUGGAGCAUAUUGCCCAGACUCUGGGUGAGGUUACGCUCGCGAGCCCUAUCAAGUCCGCGGUCGAACAACCUGGACCAGUCGAGGUGGAGGGACUAGGAGAUGUGGACAUGCAGGUGGACCUUUCAACGGUGUCGGCUUCUACUUCUAAUUCUACUUCGAGCCCAAGCUCACCUAUCCAGGAUUCACCAUCUCCAACCCCGUCGCAUCUGCUGACCCCGGAAAAAGCUCAAGAUGAAGGAGAAAAGACAGGACGGACCGACUACAUGAUCCCGUUGCGAGAUUCGACCACCCCCGUUAAGUCUGCAUCUGUUUCGACCACCAGGACCGGGACGGAUGCGACUACAGCAAGGAAAUCGAUAUACGGCGCGGACAGACAAGCACCCAUCUCGUUCUCCCCGUCUUCGGUCGCCUUUGCCGCUUUACCCUCAAGGGAUCCGAUGAGGGGAAAGAGCAUUGGCGGCCAGAAGAGGAUGACCAUGAACCUGGAGGCUGGCAAGAAGCUUGACGGUGGCGACCAGGAGAAAGUCGAUGAAGGUAUUGAUACCGACGGGCAGGACAAGGCCGGACCGACCAACGUCAAGUCGGUCAGGCUCGCUCCUGUGGUUUCUCUACGCCAGGUGAACGCUGGACCUGUUUCAGCACCUGCCGCUACUCCUGCUCCAAUCUCGAGGCAUACUGCCAGCCAAGGUCAAGACCAGAAAGCGGGACCUGUUUCCCAGGGCAAUGGCAAGAAGAGCGGACCGGGAGUGAGGAGCAGUUGGCUACGCCAGGCGAUGGCCAAUGCGGGAGGUGAACAGGGAGUGAGGAAGAGUAUGGCAGGGCACGCGUUGAGAAAGAAGAGCGAGUUCGAACGGGACGUUGAAGAAGAGGAAGAGGAGGCGGAUGAUGUGUGUGACGACGUGGUCAUGCAGGUGGAGCCUGUUGUUGAUGUCCGUAAGGAAAAGACUGAGGUCGAGAAGGUGGCGUCAGUAGGUGUGACGCACAAGGAGUACGAUGUCGAGAUCAAGGAUGCCCCCAAAUCGUCAGCGGAUGGCAAGCCGGCCGAGAGGCAACCUCUGGAGACUAUCAGCGCAUCAAGGCAUAUCAAUCAACAUGUUCCCGCGGAAAUUCAGGCCGAAUCCAUGCCGCAAAGCAAGCUCGCCAGGAUGAUCGCCGACCUGGAAGAGAAAAAGGCCGCGGCCUCUUUUGCAGCCUCGAAUUCGCGCAUGACGCUGGGAGGGCCACCGAUAAAUGGCGCACACCAUGGGAUCCUUGGCGGCGGAGCCGGUUGGAAUCCGUUGAGGAGCACCUUGGGCGGGUUGAGGUUGAGGGAUGAAGCGGCGGGAAGUCCAAAGAGCGAGAAUGGACCGAUUAGUCUUUUGCCUAGGCAGGAAGCUCUCGAGAACAAGAAACCACAGGACGAGAGCGAGGCAGAAGACGAGCUCGAAGCAGACGAGGCGGAUGAACAGGAAGGAUUCAGCAAGAGAACCGCGGUCGCCGCAGUCGUCGAGGCUGCUAUCACGGAUGACGUCGAGAUGAAGCCAGCAAAGGAGGCAGAAGUAGUCAGAGUGGUUUCUGAGCGAGAGGAUACGGUGGACGUGGAACUGCAGACGCUGACUGCUACCGCGACGAGUGAAGAAGUCGUGAUCGUCGAAGUCCAGCAAGAAGCGGUUGAAGCCAUAUCUACCACACCUACGGCACCCGUCUAUCCCGUCGAUCAGCAUGCGCAGACUGCUUCUCACGUAGCCGAAGAACAAGACGACGAUAUGCAUGUCGACCACGUUGAAGCUGCUCCGACGAACUCGAACCCGCGACCAACACUUUCUACCCCUGUCAAGCAAGACCUCCGGGUCGUCGAGUCUACCACACCAAUGGUUUCGCCUCCAAGGGCGUUCCGCGCGGGCGCUUUCGCUCCUCAUCAAGCUCGGGGGCCUUCUCACUUGCAAAACGCGGCCUUGCCGCCGGUGGUCCGUCAGCCAAAGAUUUCGAUGAUGCGCGUCGAUUCCGCCGAGGACAUCAAGGUCGUCGACAGGUUGCCUUCGAGAGAGGUUUCCGACCUGUUUUCAAGAGAUGCCUCUGCACCUAGAGCUCAGGCUCAGACGCCUUCUUCUCCGCCCCUGCAUGAUGCAGGAGCUACUUCCAAGCCCACACCGCUGGCGCAAAAUGCCCCUACCGUCAUCACGAAGACAUCACCUAGAAGAUCAGGCUUGUCCGCUUCGACUGCACAGGUCGUGCCCGAUGACGAAGAUGAUGAUAUCGAUGAGGACGACGCUGAAACUGAACGCGAAGAAGUCGAGUCGUCUUCAGAGGAAGAAGAGGAAAACGAACAAGCCGACGAGUUCAAGGAGGAUAUCGAAGAAGCAGUGGCCUUGAUAACAAAGGAGAUGCGCUUGGGCGACGAGGAAACGGACGAGGGAUACGAGGCACCGUCCGAUGGAGAGACCAUGACCGAGAAGACCAUUCCCGCUGGCAAGGUGAGUGUGACGUAUAUGGCUUCGCGAUUUCGAGCUUCAGUCUGAGAGAUCUUGCCCGCAUCUUUCUCUUAGCGCUCUAACACUUCAUCAUUGGCAUCCUCCAAACUGGGAUCCUCCACCACGUCGAAGGCG